AUGGGCAUAGAUAACAGUCUUGGUACCUUGAAAUCAUUCAAAAAUAUUAAGCCAGCAUCCUGCGAAUGGGAGUUUCCCAGCGUGCUACCUUCGAGCACGAUACAGGAUUCCAUUAAUAACGACUCGUUAAAUAUAUCGGUGCACAUUAAGCAAGAUCCCGCCAACCCAAAAGAGCAUUUCUUAACCGCUUAUAUACCAGAGUCAGUUGUUAAAGAAACAAACUACCUUCCACCACAUGAUGCGACAGUCUAUGUCUUUGAAAAUAUAGAAGAAACGGAUCUUUCAGAAUAUCAGUCGUUUAAUUGUCAUAAAUCCAAACUGACAGAGGCUUCAGGCUGGUUCAAACAAGUAUUUAAUGAUGCCGAAGGGCCUACAACAAACGAAGCAAUCAUAAGAGGAAUGGACCCAGAAAUAUUCAAAAGGCUAUUACAAUAUAGUUACACGUUAACCUGCGACAUAAUGAACAUCGAAGACGCCCUCACCUUAAUCGAAGCAGCAGAGCGCCUUGAAUUUAAUAAUCUUAUUAAGCAAGGAUUUCAAUAUUUGCAAACAAACAUUAACUCUAGUGCUAUUUGGAACAUCUGGAAGGUUGCAGACGUAUAUGACUGCAAAAAGACCAUUGAAGUGUGCAAAGAUUACCUAAAAAGAAACAUUGUUUCUAUCCUUAAAGACACCUCCUGGUUAAGGACAGACGUCGAUUACGCUUUACGGGCACUAAAUGUCGAUGGUCUACCAGAGGCUGUAAACGAAGCUAUUUUUCUUGAUGCAACUCUUAUUUGGAGAGAAUGGCAUAUCCAAGAGAUAGAGAGAAAAACAAUAUAUAUCGACUCAUGGCAGUAUGAAAGACAAGAGCAACAAGAACGAGAAGAAAUAGAUCAUAAAUUUGCUUCUAUGGUUCGCUGUAUAAGGUUUUCUCAGAUGGUUAAAGAGGAUUUACGUUACAUAAGUAACAAUAUACAGUACGUAAUGAACGUUGAAGGAAUUCCACGAAUGAUUGCUAGGGCCUUUCGAAAUAUACAAUUUGACAGUAAAGAGACCAUUCCAAAAGAAUAUCAAAAGCGCCAUAUACAUUAA